AUGGCCGCGCGGGUGUCCGUCGAGGGCGCAGGACCCUCGUACGCGUCGGUGCUCAACUUUAGAGUGAGUGACAGCAAUAAAGAGAACAUAGAGGCGACGGAGGAGGUGGCAGACGCGCCGCCUCGCCAGGAUGACGAGGAGGAGGAAGGCUUCGUGCCGGUCAUCUCGCACGCCCGCAGACCGGCCAAGAGUCGCAGGGAGCGAGAGCGCAGGGCUGCACCUCGCCCGCACAAGGAACCCAAGCCGCCGACGGAGCCCCAGCCGGCGUCCGACCAGCAGCAGUCCACUGAGCCGCAGCCCAAGAAGUUCGUGGAGGCUCCCAUACCCAAAGUUAACCCUUGGCAGGUGCGAGGUGGCAGCACUGGCGCUCCGCCCCCCGCGCCUCCCGCCAUCCUGGAGCAGGAGAAGAGGUCGCCACUGCAGCCCCAGCAGCAAGGCAGGGCUCAGCUGCCUCCAGAACCGGUACCGGUAGCCCAACCAGCUAAGCCAGCCAUCGUAAAAGCACCGAAAAACGCCAAAAUUAAUCACAAGGUAAGUCAAAGUAAACCUUAUUGGAUGAAUGUUGUGUGCACACGCCUAUAUAACAAUUAA